AUGUCUAAAAGACUUUUAAGAAAAUCAAGAACUAAUCAGAAUGAUUAAAGUCAAAGUUAAAGUCAUGCCUCACCUAUUUUAAUUGAUGAAUAAAUGAGAAAUUUUAAAAUUGAAUUUUCAGACUUAUCAAGGAAGAGGUUAAGCGACAGUGGAGAAGUUAAAGAUCCCACUAUUUAUAGUUAGCGUAAAUCUAGACUUUCCUAAUUUUCUUAAAUAAACAAUCGUAAUAAGGAUUAAGGUGAGCAUAAUUAGAACUUACAAUAAUGUACAGCAUCAGCAAAAUAAUAUUAUUAAUUAAAAUGGAAAGAAUUAAAUGGUUUGCCAAAGCAUCCUGAUUUAUAGUAAAUUAUAAAGACUUUUCUUUAGAAAUUGAAAAGAAAUGCAAAUAUUGCUGAAUUUUCUAAUAAGAAAAUGUAUUUCACAGAAAACUACUUAAAGGAAGAUGUGUAACCUUAAACUCCUUAUAUUUUAUACAUUAGAUUAUUCCUGUUAUAUAUAAGAUUAAUUUCAUUUUUUAUAGUUCCAUUGUAAGCUGGAACAAAUUCCAUUUAAUUUUGGGUUUUAGGAGUGAUUUUACUAUGUUUAAUUAUUGAAUUUGUAGAUUAAAUUUAAUAAGUGAAAUUUGAGAAAAUAAAUAUCGUUUGUAAUUUUAUUUAUAUUGCAAGUACUUUUUUAAUAAAUUUUGAUUUUGAUAAUAUUGUUAAAUUAAGUUUGUAACUUUUGUUAUUGAGUGGAAUGAAAUAUUAAUUUUAAUGGAAUAAAAUAACAUUCUCAUUAAUUUUAUUGAUAUAUAUCAAUUAUAUUGCAAAUCUCUGGUUAUUAAUUAAUGAUGACGAAUUCAGUUAUAUGGAAUCUGUGAUUUGGACAAUUAACAAUUGUGUAUAAUAUUAACUAGAAUUAGACAGUUGCCUUUCCAUAAUAUAGAGUCACAUGUUUAAUCGCAUUAGACAUACAUAGUAAUUUUCUAGAUUAUAUCUUACUUUUUUUAAAUGAUAUUUGUAUAUUCAUUUAUUAAACUUUUGUUCUCAAAAGAUGAGUAAUAUUUAGUUUAAAUUUUAGAAUAAAGAUAUUUAUAGAUUUUUUGGAGAGAAAUAAAGUUGACUUGAAAAUGAUAGAAGAAACAAAAGAUGUUUUAAAAUAAAAUAAAUAUUCAAGCACUUUCUAAAUUGUAAUAUAAGAAUUUCAUACAUAAUAGGUAAAUAAUUUGAUGCAAUCCUUACCAGUUAAUUUAUAAAAGCCUUUGUUUUUUUUAAUGAAGAGUAGGAGAUUAAAAGAGAUAAGUUUUUUGAAGGAGAAUUUUUCAAAGUAAUCAUUAGAUGAAAUAGGAUAUGAAUCUAUUCUUAAAUUUUAUAAGACUAAUGAUAUUAUAGUAGAGAAAGGACACUUAGAUGAACAUAUAUAUGUAGUUCUUAAAGGAUAAAUAGGAAUAUAUGACAAGAAUGUUUAUUUAUAGGAUUUACCUGAAACUUAAGCAAUAGGAAUUGAAAAUUUAUUAAUGGGUUAAGGACAUAAUUAAACUAUGAGAAGUAAAGGAAAUUCAAUAUUAAUUUAAAUAAAACAUUAGUUAUUUUUGGAUACAAUAAAAAAGAUCAAUAAUGAUUUAGAAAGAUUGCAUUCAAUAAAGAAUGAAGUGUAAUUUAUGAAUAGGAUAGAAUUACUAUUGUAAAAUUGUUAUAUAUGUGGUUCAUAAUAUCAUUUAAGUUCUGGAUGUAAUAAAGUACAUACAGUAUUAAAUAGAAAUGUUGUAAUAAGUAGAUAUUUAUAUUCGAUUCCUUAAAAGAGAGAAAAAUAUGAGAGAAAAUGGGAUUAAAGAGUCAAUUCAUUAUUUAACUUUAAAUUGGUUAAAAGUUGUGGAAGAAGAUUGAAAAAGAAUUAUGGAUUCAUAUUUCAUGAGCCAGAAGUAAAUAAUCCUAUUAAUUAUUACUACGAUGAAGAAGAGGUAAUAGAAGAUGAAGAUGAAAAUGACGAAGAAAUAUAAUAUGGCAGAUAAUCAUAUAAAGAUUUAACUAAUCCAUCAAGAGUAUAUUAUUUAUUUAAUUUUAGAAAAGUGUAGAAAUAAUAUCUGGUUAAACUAUAAAGGAUAUAAUAUAUCAUGAUCAUGUGGAUAAUGAAGAAUAAUUAUAAUACUAUUAAUUAUAAUGGUAAUAAUAAUAAUAAUAAUAAUAAUAAUAAUAAUAAUAAUAAUAAUAAUAAUAAUAAUAAUAAUAAUAAUAAUAAUAAGAAAUAAAUAGACAUUAAAUUAAUAAAUAAACCCUAUAAACAGCUGGCUUUUAAAAUAAUGAAGAUUUAUAUUUUGGAGAUGCAAUAAAUAUUCCAUUACAACAUAAAUAAUUUACUCAGAAUAGUAAUACAUUUAGAUCAUCAAGUGGAUAAAAUACAUAUUAGAGUUAAAAAAGUUAAUAAUUAAAAUAAGCAUAAUAAUAACAACAAAUUUAAUAAUAACCAUAAUAAUCAUUAUAUUAAUCUAAAACAUAUAUUCAAAGUCCCCAUGGAACAAAUUAACUUUUAGUGAGUAAUAAUAGAAAUGCUCAACCAAAAUUAACUUUUUCUUAUGAUCCCUUUUAUCAUGAAUAAAAUUAAAAAUAAGUGUUAGCUUCUUCUCCAUAACCUGAAUAUUAAGUUAUGGCAAGACCAUAAUAUAGAUCAUCUACUAAUUAUGUUCCAAGCGUUUAAAAUUAAUUACCUAUUGUAUCAGAAGAAACCAAUUCUAUGUUAAAUAUUUAAAUAAUGAAUAAUCCAUAUUAAUCAGCAAUGUCUAUAAGUUCUGUUGGUAUGUCUAGUAUUGAUGAUGUUUAAAGAAGAGAAGGAUAAAAUAAUACUUAUACUGGUGUUAGAAGAACUACUUAAAAAUAAACGAAUACAAUAUCUAGUGUAAUUAGUCCUGAUAUUAAAAAAAAAUCUAUAUCUGCUAGUAAUUCUAGAUCUUAUUCAGCUUUGUCUUCUAAAUAAAAUUAACAUUAUAGUGAUUUAGAUAAUGUUAUAUUCAAAUAAGAUCUUAAAGAUAACUUUGAUAUUGAUUAAAUUGGAAUUUAUUAAUAGUUUAAACCUCAAAAUAAUUAUGAUUGUGUUGUAAAUUAUAUCAAAAUAUAAUCAAAGAAACUAAUUAAAAAAUAUAAACUUAAAUGA